AUGUCCACCCUCUUUGCACGAGCCGAAAAACAAGAGCCACAGACGCAGGCAAAGGAGAAUGCGAUACUGACAGCUUUCCGGACUUUUCCAGACAGGAAAACACGUAAGGGUGCGGAUAAAGGGAAUGGUGAUCCCACCGGGGAAGGUAACCUAAGAAACGGGGCUGUCGGGCAAGGUGAAAAUGGGGAUCCUGGCACCUCAGACACUGAGGAGGGCAGACACUGCACGCAGGGUGAGGUGGAUGCCGAUCUGGUGCAGGUGCGCCUGGUGGAGAUUCACAGUGAUGCUGAGACAGAGGAUGAGGAGGGGAAUGGCCUGGUCCAAUCUGGACAAGUUAAUGGUCACAGGAUGCCCCAGCCCUCUGAUGAAGAUGGAGGGAGGGACAGGUCACUCCCAGACCUGUGUGGGGGUCAAAUUGAGACUCAGAUUGAGAAAGCGGAGCAGAACAUGGAGGAACAAGAUUCUCUUGUCAGCCAGGACCUGUUUGAGUUCCCUGAUCUGCCUGGAGCCCAGGCCCCCUUUGGAACAGAACCAGAGGAAGCCUGUCACCCCAUCGAGUCGCCCUCCUUCAGCCAGGGUACUGAUGAGGAGGAAUGCCCUCCAGAGGCUAAGGAAGGACUGGGAGGCCAGGGAUACUCCUCGGAUGAAUACGAGCUGGGGCCCAAACCCCCUCAACCCCCUCAAGGCUCUUUCUCAAGGUCCACCUUCCGGGGCAGUGCCCUGGCCGCCACCAGCCCUGUGGAGAGGCCCCUCCAGCUGCCUGACCUCUACCGUCUCCGACUGAGGGCGCUACAGAGGGGACAGGACAAGGGAUCUGCGGUCAGUGAUUCCCCCCUGUUCAGUCUAAAAAUGCCCCCCAAAAAAAGACUGUUCACAGAGCCUCUGGGCCUGAAACAGGAGGCCAAGGCUUCUGCAGAGGGCAAGGGCAACCUGCUGGAGCAGCUGACUCAGAUCUUCAGCCUGGAUAAGAAGGAGCUCUCAAAUGAUUUUGAGGACAUGGGGGACCCCAAGGAACCUACAGAGGAACCGGCACUAGAGGGCAAAGAGGCUGUCCCGUCAGACGAUGGAAACAAAGCUUCUGGAGCUGAGUCAGCUUUCGAAGCCUUCAAAUCGUUCUUUACCUCCAAAUCUGCUAAGCGGCGGGCUGAGCCCCCAGACCUGCAAGCGGUGAGAGAGAAGAUGAGGAGCGAACAGGAGCUGCUGCGGGCUAUCUUUGAUAGAUCCCCCUCCAAUCCUGCUACUCCUGAGCAUAAAGCCCUCACAAAUUCAAAAUCUGAGGUCGCGUCACCUGCAGACAGUGAAGAGAGAACCCCCGGGCGCCUGCAGGCUGUCUGGCCGCCACCCCGGCCCAAGGACGAGGAGGAGAAAGUGGGGCUGAAGUACACUGAGGCCGAGCAUCAGGCUGCGCUUCUGCAGCUCAAGAGAGAAAGCAAAGAGGAAGUGGAAAAGUUACGUGUAGAAUUUGAGCAGCAGGUCUUCCAGAUACGAGGAGAGCAUGCAUUGUCUAUAUCCCUACUUGAGGAAACCAUCACCGAGAUGCAACAAGAGCUGGCCAAUAGUGCGGCCCAAUCACGCGCCGACUGCCGGGAGGUGGGCGUGUCCACGGAGGACGACCUGCCUACCAAGUCCUUCCGCAACGUGUGCGUGCAGACAGACAGGGAGACCUUCAUCAAAUCACCUGAGGGGGAAUGCAGGCCCAUCCAAAGCCCCAAUGCCACAGUGCCUAAAAAACUCAACCUCACGUCCAUCAGCCAAAGCCUUAUGGGCAAGGCUGAGUCUGGCUCAAGUUCAGCCCCGCCCACUCCUCCUCCACCUUCUCCACCUCCUCUCCCACUGUCCAGCCAGUCAAAGCUGGUUCCACCUUCUCCACCUCCUCUCCCACUGUCCAGCCAGUCAAAGCUGGUUCCACCUCCUCCACCUCCUCUCCCACUGUCCAGCCAGUCCACGCUGGUUCCACCUCCUCCACCUCCACCUCCCCCUUCACUUCCUGGGGCUCCCCCUCCACCCCCACCCCUAUCAGGGUGUGGACCCCCUCCUCCCCCACCUCUACCAGGUUGUGGACCCCCUCCUCCCCCACCCCUGCCAGGGUGUGGCCCCCCAGCUCCCCCCCUUCCCACAGGAGGGAUAUCUCUCUGUCCACCAGUGGGGAAGGCCCCCAGGAAGCAUAUGGUGGAGCCGGCCUGUCCCAUGAAGCCCCUUUACUGGACCAGGAUACAAGUGCAGGAGAACAACUGUACCAAUCUCUGGGGCUCCCUGGAAGAGCCUGAAAUCCUGAAUCCCCAGGAGUUUGAGGAGCUGUUCUCAAAGGCUACACCACAGCCAACCAAGAAGCCACUCUGUGAUGCCUAUGAGAAGAAGGCCCGAGCCAAGCAGAUUAUCAAGCUGCUUGAUGGAAAGAGGUCACAGGCUGUGGGGAUACUCAUUUCCAGCCUACACCUGGACAUGAAGGACAUUCACCAAGCUCUAAUGACUGUGGAUAACUCUGUGGUGGACUUGGAGACCAUUGAAGCUUUAUAUGAAAAUAGGGCUCAAAAUGAUGAGCUGGAAACAAUUAAGAAGCACUAUGAAACCUCCAAGGAUGAUAAGAUGAAGCUGCUGGACAAACCGGAACAGUUCCUGUACGAACUCGCUCAGAUUCCAGACUUCUCCGACCGGGCGCACUGCCUCAUAUUCCAGGCCACAUUUUCCGAUGGGGUAUCCUCCGUCUGCCGGAAAGUGGAAAUCAUUUCUGACGUGUGCAAAUGCCUGCUGAACAAGGUCAGUGUGAGAGAUGUUAUGGGGCUGGUCCUGGCGUUUGGGAACUACAUGAAUGGCGGAAACCGGACAAGAGGACAGGCCGAUGGCUUCAGCCUGGAAAUCCUACCCAAGCUGAAAGACGUCAAAAGCAGGGACAAUCAAAUCAGUUUGGUGGAUUAUGUGGCCUCAUACUAUUUGCGCAACUUUGACAAGAACCCAGGGACAGAGAAGAGUGUGUUUCCCCUCCCGGAGCCCCAGGAUCUUUUCCUCGCUGCUCAGGUGAAGUUUGAGGACCUCUCCCGAGACCUGAGGAAGCUGCAGAGGGAGCUAGCUGGUUGUGAAAAGAAAAUCCAGAAGGUGUGCUUGAGCUCCUCUGAGGAACACCUGGAGCCGUUUAAGGAGAAAAUGGAGUCUUUUGUUUCAAUGGGGAAGAAAGACCACAGUGAAAUAUAUGAUAGGCUUACAUCUGCUCAGAAAAGCUUUCAGUACAUGGUGGAGUACUUUGGAGUGAAGGCCAAGUCCAGCGAGAAGGAGGUGGAUCCCAGCUUCAUCUUCAUGCUGUGGUUUGAAUUCUGCAGCGACUUUAAGAUUGCGUGGAAACGAGAGAGCAAAAGCAUCUCCAAGGAGAGACUGAAGGCGGCGCAAGAAUCAGUGAAGAUUAUCAUGGAGAAGAAGGUAGAGACCAGGAAAAUCAACCCCAACAGUCUGAAAGAAAGACUGCGUCAGAAGGAGGCAUCUUUAUUCUCCAGCUGAGAGGAGAGAAAUGGAGAUACGGAAAACAGAUGUGGGCAUUCUCCGCUAUGUGCCUGCCCACUGCAGUACUGUGUAUUGCUGU